GUCUCUGCUGUCCCUGUAUCUGAUCAAGCAGAAGCAGACACGUUUCUUAGAAGCAGGUACGGGUUACAGUGCCAGUGGCGUAACGGGAGCGCUGCACGGGGACACGUGGCUGCCAAGGAUAGCUGUAAGCCAAUACCAUCCUCCUAGGCAAAACCAGCAGGUGUGCUGAGUAGCAGAGAGAAAACCAGGGAAUGCUUCAGAUCACGCAUUCAGAAGGCUGGAAUCUUCUCAAUCAGAUCCUGAAGAACUAACAGAUGACAGCCCAUCAGACUGCAACAAGGGGUUUUAUUGCACGCAGGCUGGAAUUAUCUCAAGGAUACUACUGGGGUGGAUAAUGAACAACAGCACUGAGUGUCAUGAUGAACACACCCUGGAUAAGUAUUUGUUUCCAUCUGUGUACAGCAUUGUGAUGAUAUUCAGUAUUCCCACCAACUGCAUAUCUCUGUAUGCAUCUUGCAUUCAGGUGAGGAAAAAGAAUGAGUUAGCAGUCUAUAUCUUUAGCCUGUCCCUGGCUGACCUUUUGUACUCUUUGAUUCUGCCUCUGUGGAUUGAUUAUGCGUGGCAUGGAGAUGACUGGAGGCUCUCUGCCUUGCUUUGUCAGAUUUUUGCCUUCCUUAUGUAUAUGAAUUUCUACACCAGCACUGCGUUCCUUGCUUGCAUUUCCCUUGACAGGUACCUGGCAUUAGUUCACCCCUUGAAGCUCCAGUACUUGCGCACAAGAAGGUUUUCAUUGAUUGUCACCAUAAUUGUUUGGCUUCUGGAAAGCAUCUUUAAUUCAGUCAUAUUGGUGCACAAAGAAGUAUUCAAUGACCCUUGCAAUUCCACUAAUCAUACAUUAUGCUAUGAUAACUACCCCCUGGAAAGGUGGCAGGCGAACAUAAAUUUAUUCCGGAUAUUCUCAGGGUACUUGGUCCCUUUGAUAAUCAUUGUGUUUUGCUACCAUAAAAUCUACCAAGUAGUGAGGGAUAACCAAGCCACAGUAGAUGAAGAAAAGAAAAAAGUGAAGAAACUUAUUCUGAACAUCACAGUUAGUUUCAUUGUUUGUUUCACUCCUUAUCAUGUUGUAUUGCUUAUCCGCAGCAUCAAAGAACCUUUCACGUCUGACCCACAUUUUUUGUUGUUGAUGUAUAAGGUUUACAGAAUCACACAGGCCUUAGCAAGUUUGAAUUGCAUUGCGGAUCCCAUUCUGUACUGCUUUGUGAGCGAAACUGCACGAGCAGACGUAGUGAAUUUGCUCAGGUGUUGCUUGUGCCCACGAAAGCGAGAGGAAGGCCAAGUGAAAGAACAUGCUCUGUGCAGUUCUGCUGCAAAGAACACUGCACUGAUCACCUACAGAACUUCCUGUGAAACACAGUCUCUCAAAAAUUCCUGAAAGAGCACAUGCAAAGGAAAACUGGAUAACCUAAAAGGAAAAGGAAGAAAAAAUCUUCUCCACUCUGUACCUAGCAAAUGCCCCAAAGGUCAGAGACACCAGUCUAAGCAAAACCAGGAGCUGGAGCCAAUAAGAACUUACUGCAGGGUCAAUGAAAUCAAUGGAAUAUCAACACAUCUUUAAAUCAUGUAUGGUAUAUAAAUCAAUGACAACAAACAAAUGCACAGUCAAGAAGGAUGGCUGUGACACACUGACAGAAUUACUGAGCAUCCCCCACAGAACUGUCUCCUGUUGCAGCUUACUAAGCUGGAGGAAGGCUGAAGUCCUCUUUGUCCUGAUUAGCAAAAGAGCAGACGGGGGGGGAGUGUGGUAAAUUUCUCUGUAAUUUCAUGGUGUUAUUUAUGCUGCUAAGAUGGUUCCUGUGUUUCAUUAAAGACUCAAAUUCUACUUUAGCAUACUUCUGGAAUCAGACACUUCUUAAAAUGGGCACUUACCUGCUCUUAAGCUUUUGUUUUUCUUGAAAAAUAUAUGUUUUAAUGUAUAAUUGUUUGUCAUGCAGUUUCAUUACAAUACCUGUGUUGGGUUUCAGAUAGUUGAAGAUUCAUUCAUUCACAUGCCUAUAAAGAAGCAAAUUCUAGCCACUAGUGUUUUAACUUGGAGGAAACUUUCCCUGAUACAUGUAGGAGAGGAAGAGAAGGAUAGAAAGGUGAGGUUUCACAUCUCAGCAAUGUAAAGGGCCAGCCUUCAGAGUUUCUUAUGAUGACUGAAAUCUGGAGUGUGGUUCCAUUUUCAGACUCAAUAGAGUAAGGUUGGCAACCAUUUACUUAACUGCACAUGGAAGCCUCAGCUACAGGUUCCAAGGCUCUCAGUCUGCCACUUUCAAAAAAAUUGAACAAGCCAGGCAGCAAUGCUGGCAAACCAUCAAAGAACAUGAAUGUACAUGUACCAACAAACAGUAAGAAGGGAAACAAAAGAACCCACAUUUUGAAAGAGGUGAUAUUAGCACAAAUCAGAAGUGUGGCUGGUAAUUCAGGGACCUGUUCAUGUGCAGGCCCCAGAAACAGAUACCUGGCUCCCUGGUUCCCUCUCCCAUCCAGACACCUGACCCUCUGGAAAGAGUUAAAACAUUACAUUUUUUCUCCUCUCACAACUUUUUUUACUUUUGCUCAAUUCCCAGGAAAAAUAUUUGGUUAUGGUGGGCUGUUUGUUUCCUAGGGAAAGAAUUUUCUUUCCAUUAAAAAAAAAAAAAAAAAAAUCACCCUCUAGCAAAUUUGUGUGGUGGAAAGGUUUUGGCCAGCACUUUUCAGCACCUUUUUAGGUCUAACAUUAUGUAUGAUGUAUGGAGGGUGUGCAUAAAGUGGUCACAAGCAAUAAGAUAUUUCUUAUGAGAAUAUUCUUUUGUGUGUAAAUUUAAAAUUUCUCCAUUGCAAAGAGCAUUUCCAUUGUUUUCAUGAGUUGCUGUAUUUAUCUAUAUUUCUGUAAUUUCAUAUUCUGAAAUGGGACCUUGCCAGGCUGUGCAAGCUGAGCUUGUUCAGCCUGGAGAAGAGAAGACUUUGGAGGACCUAAUGGCAGCUUUGCAGUCCUGCAAAGAGGGUAUUGAGAAGAUGGAGCCAAGCUCUUCACAACAGCUCACAGCAGGAGUGGUGUGUUUUAAGCCUGACUGGAAAUGAGGGACCAUGCAGGCACUCACUCAACUCUCUUCUGUUCCCCCAACAGACAGCUGGAAUGGAAAGGAGAAUCAAAGUAAAACUUGGAGGUUGAGAUAAGAACGGGUUUAUAAUCAAAAAUAAAUUAAAAAUGUAGUGAUAAUGGUCAAUUAUAAUAAUAAUGACAAUAAUAAAGGAAAAAACAAGUGACACACAACACAAUUGCUCACCACCCACUGACCAAUGCCAGACCCCACCUCCUGAACCCAGAUCAGCCACCCUUCUGGGUAACUCCCCCCAGGUUAUAUAGUGGGCAUGACAUCCUGUUGUGUGGAAUAU